GCAUUUGCCAUCCCAAUACUCUAUGAUCUAACCCAAGCUAUUGUGCUACUACCACCGGCUGCUCUCUUCGAUUCCCUGGAACACACCAAGUCGCCAUGGCUUCCCAGAGCAGGCCCGAACCGAUGAACGCGUCCCCGCACCACUCGAAGGUGAAGGUGUCGUUGACGAUGGGGAACCGCGUGUUCGUCGCAGGCGGAUCCCUCAGAGGGCAGAUGGAGGUGGAAUGUCGCGCGGACAAGGGUCUCGCGCUCAAUGUGAUGAUGGUCGAGCUAUUCGCAAUACAGGAACUUACUUCCCGGGACCACUCCGCGACGUCUACAUUCAUCCACGCCAGACGACUUUUCCAAGGCCCCGGUCUACCCCCGUCCAAUGCCGUACAGGCCCUCCCCGCACCAGGCGAUCCCCAGUACCCCAACCACUACUACCAAGCGCGCCGCGGCAUUUCCACCUUCCCCUUCCGCAUCCCCGUCCCCUCCACGAGCCCCUCCUCGAUCACCUUUGGAUCGGGCCUCGCCAAGGUCCGCUACGAGGUCCGCGCGACCGUCGGCGUGUUCUGGAAGGGCGAGAAGCGCCUCGUGAUCGACAAGACGGAGGUCGACGUCGUCGAGAGCUAUGAGGAGGACUUUGCGCGCGCGGAGCCUGAGGGCGUGGUCGUGGGCGAGAACGGCAAGAUCUGGGCGCAGGGUAGGGUGAUCGGCGGCGUUGUGGUCGCGGGGGAAAGCGCGUGCGUCGAGCUGCAGCUCAAGAACCACUCGACGAAGAAGAACUCGGGACUAGCAAUCAGCUUGUCGCGACAUUUGGUGUUGCCGGAAAUCUCAGGAAGCGGAAAGCCGCCACUGCAGAUUGCGGACACACUCACCAGUGUGUCAUUCAAGAGUGCUGACUAUAUUAUGCCUCCCGGCGCGGAGGGCGUCGCGAGUCUCGUCUUCGACGUACCGAAGCAUGCCCGAGGCGUGCGAGGGGGGCCUUACGAAGGCGGCGGGCAACUUAAGCGCCGGGAGUCCCAGGCCAUCUUCGAGAUCAAAACGAUCCUCGAGAUCAAGAUCCUAAUGGGUCUCACAGGAAAGGAUAUCGUGCUCGAGAUCCCGGUACCCGUGGUUCAUCCUCUGGCUUUACCAGAAAUGCCAGCACAGGAUAUGAUGCCGCCACUUUCACAAGCCACUCCGUAUCCCAUGUUCGCAUCCCCUCCACCGCCGAAACCCUACUUCGACCCGGGAGCACAGGUUCCAUGGCCGGACUAUCGCGCGACAAGUCCGUAUGCCUCACCUACACCUUACAAUCCCAUCGGCUCCCCUGUCGCCUAUUACGACCAAGCACAGCAACAAGUAUGGCUGCCGCCGCCAUCAGUUACUCCACAACCUUACCAGUACUUUUCUCCUCCGAACGCUGCUCCAACGCCGUACUGGGCCCCUCAGGCCUAUCCCAAUGACCCGCAACCCAGCCCGCCACCUCCACCAGUGCCUCCACGACCUUCGAGUGCCGGCGCGACGCGCCGAACGCCUGACGGGUUGCCACCCAACGUUACUGGACAGCAUACGCUACUGCCUUUGGUGGCGCAGGCCCCGCCGUUGGCUGCGGCGCAGAGUAGGGAAGAGGGCAAGGGAGAGAGGGCGUCUCGAAUUGCGCAGACGCUGCAUCACUCGUCGAGGCAUAGGUCGGUGUCGCCGCAAGCGCAUCGGUACCCUGUUCCCGCUGCACCCCCGCAUCAACCAAUACCGCCGCACGCACUCCCGCCGCACGCGCUCCCGCCUCCUCUCCAAACUUCUCUAUCCCAACCUCCUGCCGGGCUCGCCUCGCCACAAUCUCCUGGCGAAGCCAUCCUCCACUCGCCCCGCCCCAUGCUCACACCUAAGCACUCCUUCACCAGCGACCCCAACAUGCGGCCCAAAUCCGAGAACGUCACCGACCUGGAAAGCAUGGCGGACGAGAUUAACGAGAAGGUCAAUGACCUGUCGGGCGAUUUGCCGAAGGGGACGUUCUCGCCGCCGCCCGUCGAUCCGAGCGCGAGGUAUAGGAAGCCGACGCUUGCGGCGCUGGGGGCGAGGGUGAGGAUGAGUGAUGUGGGGGCGAGGGCGGGGUCGAGCAAUAGCGGCGCGCUGGCACCCCCAGUGCCGGCGAAGGACAAGAGGCAGAGUCUGCCUGCGGUGUCGCGGCGGACGACGGAGGAUACAGCCAUACCCACUGCAGCUACUGCGUCAGACGCGCAAGAGCCGCCAUCCCCGCAGAAACCUCGCACACCUCCAACCCCGAAUCUCACUGCAGUGCGCCCAGUGGCCAAGCGGCAGAAGAGCGCGACAUAUUUGGCGUCGCCGACCAGUGGUCCGAGCGGCCUGGACGCGCUGGAGGCGAAGCUGCUCGCGCAAGUGGGGACGAGGAAGGCGGAUGAGGGGAAGAGGGUGCCGGACGUGCGCUCAGUGCUCAGUGAGACCGCCAGCCCCAUCGAGAUCCCGAAGAAGGCGUCCGAGGACGAGAUGAUGGACGAGAGCGCGAUCUCGAGUCUGACGCUGGCGAAUGAGCUUGCGGGAGACGAAAGGCCGCCGCUGCAGGAUCUGGCCAGGGUUGAGCAGGAUCUGGCGCGACAAGAGCAGGAUCUACUCACCCACGAGCAGCUCAACCCGGAGUGGGAGGAGAAGACGCACCAGGGCGCGCGGUCGAACGGACCACAGUCGGACGGGGAGGACCUGAAGGACAAGCGGAAGGGGCGCUCCUCGCAUGGGGAGAGGGGCGAGAAGAAAAAGGAUCGCUCGCACCAGAAGAAGGACAAGAAAUCCGGGACGAAAGAGAAGAAGUCGGUGACGAACGGGCGCGUGGCGGCGUGGCUGGGUGGUGUUGUGGACGCCGACAGGCCGUCCCCCCCGCCGACCGUAGUGACGCCCAGCCCGGCGACGCCGCUGUUCCCGCUGCCUGAUCAGCCGGAGCGGAGUGCGAUCGAUUCGCCGGAGGUUAGCGAGAUGGCGAAGGAUGCUUCGCCGACCGUAGAGAGGCCUAUAUCUCAUGUGGAGGAUCCGGCGGGGGAGGCGGAGCAGCUCGAGCAGCAACAGGAACUGCCGAACCCAAGGUCGUCCGGCUUUGUUGCCAUCGGCACGUACAAGCGCGAGGAGGUCACCUACCGCCGCGUCUCGCGCUUUCGCACUGCAGAGCCUGAAGCACGCAAACUCACCGAUAUCUGGGGCUCGGAGGACGGGCCGUCCGCAGGUGAACGACGAGAAACCUCGUCUGGUACUGCGCGGGAGAUCUCGACUAGCACCCCGCGGCCCGACGGCGACAAGACACCGCGCAUCACUGCUGCUCAGCCCCCAUCUUACCUGCCCCCCGUCCCGCGCCUCGACCCCGAAGUCAAGUACGACAUCCGCUCGGCCCGCGGCGGGCGAGGGGGCAGAGUCACCGCGGUCGCGGCGCUCUGGGCGUCGGGCGCGGUGCAGGGCGCGCAGUCAAGUGUUGUGCGAGUUACGAAGCCCGCAAUUGCGAAGCCACCAGUUGAGGUGAAGCGGGCCGCCCGUCCGCCUGUGCUCGUCAAGCCCCCGAGUCUCGCUGGCCAGGCAGCAGUGACAUCCUCGCAUGCGGCGCCCCACUUGUCGUCAACAGCGUCGCUGGCAAGGCCGGCUUUGACUACGCCGCAGCCGCGGGUACCAGCGGCGCGGAUUAGCCCCAUUGUCGAAGAGACAUCGACGAGCAGGGCCAAUGAGGAUACGUCGCCCCCCGUCGCGACUUCCCCGAGCAAGCCUGCUUUCAGCAAGACGCGGGAGUCACUGACGAACCUGUCGACCCCGAAACCGGCGCCCAGGCAAUCGCUUGCCAGCGAAGGAUUCGCUUUUGGGCAGGCGCGAUUGCGCGAGCUCAUCAAGAAGUAUCAGGGUUCGUCCUCGUCGUCCAGCUCAUCGUGAUGUUGCACACGCACCUUGUAUCGCCGUUCACGCAAAUAUCUAUCGCAUUCGGACUUCACUAUCCCACCUUGCCUCCGAGUCGACUUACGCAUCCAUCUAACUGUCGUAUACCCUACAUACGUCAUCUGUUCACUGAUUUAUUGUCGUCGACAUGAUUUCGCUAUCAUACGUAUCCUGCUGUAGCCUGUAGUUGCGGUGUUCGCCAGUGUUGUUGCUGGACCUAUUCGGGUAUUUUAUGGCCACCGCGGACUUCCGAAUGGUGCACGACCUUGUCAUGACCUUUACGAAUAGAUAUGACUUCCGUGGCUUCCGGAACUCUGACAAG